AUGGUCCGAACACUCUUUUUCGCUCUUUUCACUACCCUCGCCCACCUCUCCUCGGCAGCAGCUCAGGAAGCUGCUGCUAGCAAUGUUCCGGCGUCAACUCGUGUUGGCGGCCCUGUCUUGUGCUCUCGGGAGGAAGUGGAUGCUGCUUCAGGCAUCGAAGGCAGCUCUUCGACUCCUUCGUCAGACACCUCCGACUCGGGUGUCGACCCUUCAUCUGCGACUAGCCCGUCAUCGGAAAGCGUCAAUCCCGAGACUGACGAUAGCCUUGGCGAUUCGGACCUGACAGAGAUCCCUGCCCGCCGAUGCCAGGAUAGCGCAAACCCAGCGGAUGGAGCAAGGAGCUGCGCUGCGGAUAAGGCUCCCGGCGCUCGAGUUAUCUGCGAGAACUUGGACUACGUCGCUGUCUGCGCGUUCUGCAUUAGGGGCCCCGAGAGGAAGAUCGAGAUGCAGGAAGGUCUCAAGAACUUGAACGAUGAAUGCAGGAACGAGUUCCGCUUUGAUGUGCCCGGCGUUGUUGAAAGUGGCAACUCCAUCCCUGACCCGGCUAUGAAGUCGCUGCGAGGCACCUUGGACAACGCGUCCGGCAGCUCAUCUAGCAGCACGACUGGCGGAACGUCUGGUACCACGUCUAGCACCUCGUCUGGCAAGACAUCCGGCACCACGUCUGGCGCCUCGCCUGGCACCUCGUCUGGCAACACGCCUAACGACGCGUCGGGCCAAUGGAGGACGGCAUCGUCUGUCUUCAGCAUUGCAGUUGCAGGUUGCGCGGCGCUCACCUUCGUCCUACUUUAG